UGGAUCAACGACUUCUUCUGAACAGAAAUCAACCAUUACACCAAAACCAAAAUAUAUUACCACCACUACAGCUCACAGAUCAAUGGAAACUACUACAACAACGGAAUGUAACAACUUCCUUGGAAUUGGAUGUGGCAAAAAGACAACAUCGGUUCCUGAAACUACCACUGAUGGAUCAUCAACAUCAACUACCACUGGCGAAGUUUCAACUACUACUGACAAGGUUUCAACCACCACUGACAAGGUUUCAACUAUGUCCCAAUGCAACAACCUCCUAGGAAUUGGCUGCGACUCAACUCCUUCAGCUACGACUCGCGAUGAAAGUACUAGCACUCGUUUAAGAUCUACAACGACCACUGAUGAUAGCACUGCAACAAUUACUGGAACAACAACCAGUGCUGAGCCAACUGUUACUACUUCAUCAUCUUCAUCAUCAUCAGUAAAGAAAUGUGGUUUGCUGGAUUUUGACUGUCAUGCUUCAACAACGGAUGCAACGACCACUGGAUUUUCUACUGCUAUUGUCACAUCAUCGGGUGUUAGUGACAAAUCAACAACAACAGAUCGUUCGACCAAUACUGCAACAACUACCACUACAGAUGAUACUACCACUAUCGCUACCACUGAUGCUCAACCAACAACUACCACGCAACCAACAACUACCGCAGAACCAACCCAUGAUACUACUACUACUACCACUACUAGUACCACCACCACCACUACUACUACUCCUCGAUCUUCUUCUUCCUACAAGUACCAGUCGUACACUUGGCUCAAUCCAUCGUUCACGUUGUCCAUCAAUACUGCUAAUUCGUCUUCUAGAACUGUCAAAGCUUCAUCUUCAGCAUCAGCAUCAGCAACUCCAAGCAAUAAUCUUCCUGCAGCCAUCAUCCCUAACGAUAAUGUUAUCAUUCCAGCUGACUUUUCAAGUGUCACGAUCAAAUUUGACUAUUUAUCCUUCAGUGAAAUGGUUUCCAAUUCCAUAUUGACAGCUCAGUUUGUUCAAUCAGUACCAGUUUUAUUCAGCAAAGUUCUGGGAUGUGGUUUGGAUGAUAUCAUUGUUCAAUCUAUUGUACCUAGCAACAAUAACAACAACAAGAAGAAACGUGAUACGAGUACUUCAUCAGGUGUGAUCGUUACCAUGGCCUUGCCCAGUAAUCAAGUCAGUAAUUUGCAACAACUGAUCUCGAAUCCUACCAGUUCACUUUAUGCUUCUGACAAUGGACAACUACCUACCUUGAUCGACAAGUCCUAUGCUGUUAAUGGAGGAGCAGGCAAUGCUGCAGGUGUCAUGUCUGAUCCCAAUGCAUCUUCGAACAACAGCAAUAACAAUAACAACGGUAACGGAUCUAACCCUAGCAAUGGCAACAAUGGUGGAAGUAGUGGAUUAUCCCGUGCAGGGAUUAUUGGUAUUUGUGUCUCUGUAGGAGUUGUUGUGUAUGCAGCUGCUACUGUAGUUGCUGUUCGAGUAUAUCGUCAACGCAAGCUCAGAAAGGAACAAAAUGCAGUAAUGGAUCAUCAAGAUUUUACUCAAAGUAUCUCAGCGCCAAUAAUGAAUGAAAACACACUUGGAUUCAGUCCAUAUCAUGCUCUACAACCUCAUCAGUAUUUCCAUUAUGGUCAUUCAAACUCUCCUCCUCCAUUACAACAAGCUCCUCAUACUUCAACGCACCAAUGGUAAUCGUUUAUUAUUGUUUUAGUUAGUUUAGUCAACCCUUCUCUUAUUUACUUUUUACUACUUAUCAUUUUAUUUUAUUUUAUUUUUUUGUACUGUAUUAUUGUAUUAUUAUUAUUGUUGUUAUUCUGACUCUUAUAGCUUUUAUUGACUUUGCUAAUGAUGAUGAUAAAAGAAUAAAGAAUUAUAUCUGUUUCUGUUA